AUGCGCUUUUUAUCUGGGUGGAGGCACCUUCGAUCUCUGCUCGUGCUGGGCCUAACACUAUCUCCCCUGGUGUCUUCGACCGUGAAGGCUACACCUGGAGGCAGACAUCUAAGCGGAGGGAACUUACCCAACCGGAUGCUGACUUAUUUCUUUGAGGAGUUCCGGCGCAAGCAUGGGGAGAUUACACUGUCUGGGAGGGAGCCAAAGCGUACGCUGUCAUCCAGCACCCAGUCUACUUUGGAGAUGGGCUCCUUGUUCGAAGGUGUGGGCUUCUACAUGUCCAUUACUCCUGCCCGCUUUGAAGAGCUGUGCUCUGACCUUUUCUGCAAGCCCCUGGAGCCUGUGGAGAAGGCCCCUAGAGAUGCCAAGCUGGCCAAGGCCCAAAUCCAUGAGGUCAUCCUGGUGGGUGGUUCUACCUGUGUCUCUAAGGUGCAGAAGCGUCUUUAAGACUUUUCCAAUGAAAACAUCAGCUGCGAUGAGUUCAUGGCUAAUGCGACUGUGCAGGUGGCUGUGUUGAUGGACCAGGAGAAGGUUCAGGAUCUCCUCCUGCUGGAUGCGACUCCUCUCCCUGUCCCAGCAGACGGUGAAGGGGUGACCACAUUAACUGUCCCUACCAAACAGACCCAUGCCUUCACUACUUACUCUGACGACCAGCCUGGGUUCCUGACCCGAUCAUAUGAGGAUCAUAUGAGGUUGUUAUCCGUGCUGAAGGAUAACAACCUGCUGAGUAAUGGCAUCCCUCCCACCUCAUGUGGCAUCCCCCAGAUCAAAAUAAAUGUUGUCAUCGAUGCCAGAGGUAUUCUGAGCGCCACUGGCGCCGCUGACGGGAGUCCAGGCAAAGUGGACGAGAUCACUAUUACCAGCGGCAAAGGCCAGCUCAGCAAGAAGGAAGUGGGGAGGAUGACUCCCGAGGCUGAACAGCGCAAGGCUGAGGAUGAAAUCCAGAGGGACAGCGUGGCUGCCAAAAACUCCCCGGAAGUCCACGUCUUCAUUGUGAAGAGUUCCUUGCAAGAAGACAGCCUUAGGGGAAAGACUCAGGAGGUCCUGGCCUGGCUAGAGCGUAGCCAGUUGGCAGACAAGGAAUGUGUGCGUCAGAGGAGGGCACGGGAGCUAAUCUGCUGCCCCGUCUUCUCUGGGGCUGGUGUUCCUGGGGGCAGCAGUAGGGCUCAAGCCGGCCAGGGGAGGCCUGGUACUGGCCUCAUUACUGAGGAUGCUGACGGGCUCCCCCGGAACACUUUCGCGGAGCGGGAAAAGUGA